GCCGCAUCCGGUGUGCGUGCGCCAAUCAACCGGAAAGGCUUUACAUAAACAGGAAAAAGAUUCCGGACUAAGAGGUGCUGGAGUUCUCAGAAAUGAGCUGUACGAUAGACAGAGUUCUGGCUGACGCUAAAGCCCUUGUGGACAGGCUGAGAGACCAUGACAGUGCUGCCGAGGUGCUGAUUGAGCAGACAACCUCCCUAAACAAGCGAGUUGAAGCAAUGAAACAGUACCAGGAGGAGAUCCAAGAGCUGAACGAGGUGGCAAGACACCGGCCUCGGUCGACCCUGGUCAUGGGCAUUCAACAGGAGAACCGCCAGAUCAGAGACCUGCAGCAGGAGAACAAAGAACUGCGCACUUCUUUGGAGGAGCACCAGUCAGCUCUGGAGCUCAUCAUGAGCAAAUACAGGGAGCAGGUCUUCAGGUUGUUAAUGGCCAGCAAAAAAGACGACCCUGUCAUAAUCACAAAGCUGAAAGAGCAGCAUUCCAACGAAAUGCAAGCUCAUAUUGACAAGAUCAGUGAGAUGGCGACAGUGAUGAAAAAGGCCAUUGAACUUGACGAAGACCGGGUCUGUGAAGAGGAGGAACGGAUCAGACAACUUGAACUCGAGAACAAAGGGCUGAGGGAGCUGCUCAAUAUCAGCCGCGAGGCUUUCUUAACGCUGAAGAAAGACGACACGUCCGAGAGCACCUCGCUGUCCGGCCUGGUGACGAGCACGGACCUGAGCCAGAGGAAGAGCUAGGGGGCCGAGGACCGGCGGCGAACGCACUCGCUCCCCACGGGCGCCGGCGUCAGGAAGCUGUCACGCCGGGCGCAGCCCCUGAGCCUCUGCUUUUUACCUUUCCUAGCUAACUGUGGACGUGAACGCUUGGUCUUGGUUCCGAAUUGCAUCGUGAACGGACAAAAUGAUGUGCUCCUUUUACCUUUUUUAACUACUAUUGUACAGAGAGAUGCAUGAAUCCUUUAGCUGCAGCUGCAGAGCGGUGAAAGAACAAAGUAUUUGUUGUUGUUGAAUUUUACCCUGUAUGUAAAUGUUUCUGGCCAUGUGAGAGAACGUAUCAGUUAAUAUAUUAACUAUUUUAUGGUGUUACAGAUGACUAAGGGUAAGUCAUUUGUAAUUCUAUAAAUGCCACUUACUUAUUUCCUGAAGUGAAAUGUAUCCAAAUGUAUCAUACCACGGGGUAUAGCACCAGGUGUGUUCAUGAUAAUGUCAAGACUGGAAUCAGAGUACUGUUCUAACAAUAGGUAGAAAAUUUUUAAAUGACAGAUGCAGGUUAUCGAAACAUAAAGUUCAUCAUUAAGUUAGUCUUUGUUAAGAAACCUGGACUUCUGCAACGAUGAUUAGUAACACCGCGCAACAUCCACACUACUUCGCAGUGUGACACGACACUUUUUUUUCCUAAAGGUGCUCUCCCUGCUGUAUUUUCUGUCUGGUUUCCUGUAGAUUUAUAUAAAAAAAGGAAUUUUAACUUACAUGCUGGUAAAAUUUGUAGUAAUGUUUGCUGUUUUUUUUUUUAAUUAAAUCUUGAAUCUUAAAGGCGAGCGGUUCCAGAGAAAGGCAUUUCUUCUGAAGUGGAUAUCGCGCGCCUGUUUCUUUCCGUUUCCCGUACAGAGCUCUUCGAUGUCUCUGAGCUCCCCUGAGGGUCUAGUGGGGCAGUAUGGGGGAUAGUUCAUUAGGGCUGCACCUCUGGUUCAGGACAGUGGGUCUUGUGACUGAGGUGGUUGGAGGAGUCUGCCUGCACUUCCUCAUUCCUCACUGCGCUCUCCUGUGUGCCGCAGGGUCUGCAGCACACACAAGUGACGGGCAGAUCUUCGGCCUUGUAUGUGAGAAUACUGGGUUGAGCAGAAAUCCUGAAGAUUUUUGUGGCACUCAGAAAUAAGUGUUUAUCUGUGCUUUUCACCUAUAUUUACAAACUGAAGACGUUCCUUUUUUUUAGGUUAUAUUAUUUUAGAGGAAAUGGCAAUCAUCUUAGUUCUGAUAAUCGGCAUAAUCAGCAAGGUGAUGACUAUUCGUCAUCUGAUUAAUUUCAAUGAGACCAUCUCAUCUACCUUACUGCAUUAAGUAUUCCAGAUGAAGAUAAUUGAAUUGUAUGCAUUUUUGCAAUAUGAAACUGAUUAAAUUACACCAGAUUGGAUAAUCAGCCUACGCAUGCUGACCCAGAUUGGAUAAUUACUAAAAUGUCAUUGUCUACUGCAAAUGUACAUGCUGUCAAGUUCUGCUAGUCUGCUAAAUGCUGUGUGGUUUUCAUUAUUUAUCUCAGAUUACAGAAGAUAUACUUUUAAUUGAUGACCAAAUAACAUACUGUAAAUAACCAGUUAGUGCUUUAUCUCAAAUGAAACUGGUGAAGUUCUGUACUGUAUAAUCAAAUGUGUUAUGAUUUUGGCAACUGAAUGUCUCUGAAGAAACUAGGAGGUAGUGUCCUAAAUUUUACAAUAGCUUGUAAAACAUUGCAUCAUAAAACAUGUGUACAACAUUUGGAAACAAAUAACCCUAUCCAUGAAUUUCAAGUUAAGUGAAAUUCUAAAGAAAAGCCUAAUUCAGUUCUAUCAUUCAUUUACUUUUACUUUCACCUGCUUAAGAAUUCUGCUGUGCUUUUGUAAAGCAGUUUAUAAACAGACAUUUUGAGAAUUGAAAUGAUUUGUGCCCUGUGCAUCUAAAAUACUAUUUAGUAUGAACAAUGUAGUCUGCAGUUAUUCAACCAAUGAAGCAGAAAACAAUGGAAACAUUAGUAUAGACGCAAGGAACACGGAUGACUCCCUGUUAAACAUUACUAUAUAUAUAUGCUAUAAAACCACACAUCUUCCCUUUGAUCAGCCUCAUUCAUUACAGUACAGCAACUGACAACAGCGGCUUGAUAUUUAUACAUAAAAAGAUCUUUUUAUUGUGAAAAGUAAAUAUUUUAAUGUACAAGAAAUGCUAUCCAAAUAUAAUGAAUGUUUUGGCUUAAAAGGACUGUAUAAUAACAGGAUGUGUAUAUUUUGAUGAAUAUAAAUCUAAUAAAAUGAGAACUAUCA